AUGAAGUCCUCUGUUGUCGACCAGUCGGCAUUCCUUCAAUCCUUCGGGUGUGGGAACUCACAGUUCGUGGAAAAUGAUCGGCAAGGCCCUUGCUCUCAAUCCAAUAGAUCGACACACUCGAUUCGCCCAACAUGGGUCCAAGUCCAAGAUAUGGAUUUCUUCCAGGUGCCCUACCGUAUGCGGGAGAAUGCAUGCCAGAGCUGUUGUCCUGCACAGCCGAAAGUUUUCUUUUUGCAGCAUGGAGUCCCAUAUGCACGUCGAGCGUGCUUCGUGACAGAGGCUUUAUUUCUCUCGAGGCGCCCCCCCGGUUUGUGCGGUUUCUGA